AUGGGGUCACUCAGGGCGAUCAAAAGCCAGACCAUAGCAGAUCUAUUGGCACAGUUUCCGGGAGAAGAAGAAUUUCUGCCGGACGAUGAAGUUCAAGGGGAAGUAGCCAUGGCAGGAGAGGUUAGAGAGCAAUGGAUAAUGAAAUUUGAUGGGUCUUCUACCACGCAAUUAGGGGGAGUGGGAGUAGUGUUGUACCAUGAAGAAGAUAAGGCAGUAGUGCUGUCAUUCAAACUAGAAUUCCCCUGUUCAAACAACACUGUAGAAUAUGAAGCCUAUUUAAUUGGGUUGGCCACUACUCUUGAAAUGGGAGUUAAGCACUUGAAGGUGAUGGGUGAUUCGAACCUGGUGGUCUGCCAGACCAAAGGAAUCUUCUCUCUAAAAGAACCCAGCCUAGCCCCAUACAAAGCAAUGGCCCAGAAGAUGGAGGAGAAAUUUUCAACCUUCGAAAUAGAGCAUGCUCCAAGGAAUGAAAACCGAUUCGCAGACGCGUUAGCCGCAUUGGGCUCGCAAAUAAUGUUCGAAGGGGAUAACGCCAGGGUAGUGGUCAGCAAGAGGAAAGAAUCCAUUAUUGAAGUAUUAAAGGAAAGAUUCCGGGAGGAACAGUGUGAAGGGGACUAG